CACUCUUAUGUCAAAAGGCCGACACGCGCGUCAUCAUCAACCUCUCUUUACUCGCCGUUGCCAUGGUCAUAAACAAACAGAACAUACAUAGAAGUAACUGCGCAUGUGCACACCCUUUUUCAUCAAACAUAGACGGUCAUAGAUAAAUAAACUUUUUUCCGAGUAAAUUUUCCUAGAAAAACUGUUCGUUGGUAAUUAAUUCACUAAAUUACACUCUAUAAGAUUCCAGUUGCCUUUUAAAAUGUCUGAAGAGAAGAGACGCACAGAAGAAAUUGAAGAUGUUAGUCCGGGCAUGGCAUAUUUACCAUUUGUUAAUAUGGAAGAACUUUUGGAAAAGCUCCGUCUACUUAAUUAUGAAAAAAGCUUUAUGACAAUAAUGAACAUGAAACCUCUUUCAAGACAUUACUUUGCACUUCCAACCAAUCCUGGAGAACAGUUUUAUAUGUUCACUUGUUUAGCAGCAUGGCUUAUACAGGGAACUGGUAGGCAGUUUGACAUUCCUCAAGAGAAAGAUGACCCAAAUGCAACAAUAUCAAGUAUUCUGGAAGUUGUACGAGAUUUUGGUUACACACUGAACUUUGCCCCUUCAAAAUUAAAGCAAGGUUGUGGUGAACAUUGUAUUUAUGUACUCAAUCGUCUGGCUGAUGAAGCAUUAAAGAGGCAAAAUUUCAAAUGGGCAAAACCAAUUUAUCCUGAAGAAGAGGAAGAUGAAGAAAUUAUUAUAAUGGCUGAGGAUAUGGAACUGGAUCUCAAUAAGAUGGAAGAGGAUGGUAUUGUUGAUGAAGCUGAUGCUGGUGAUGAUUUUGAUGAAGAACCUCUGAUGAGAUUAGAUAAUUUACAAUCCCUCAAAGAAUCAAAGUUGAAAGAAGGUAGCAAUAAACCAGAUAAUAUCUUGGAAUCUCAGACAAACCUUGAUGAAUGGCUUCUGGAAGUACAAAGAGUGACACCACAGCUGAAAGUUUUAAUUAGAACUGAUAACAAGGAUUGGCGACUCCAUGUCGAUCAAAUGCACCAACACAAGAACAACAUUGAAGUCUCCAUGGAAGAAACCAAGUCCUAUCUUCAAGAACUCCAAGAUGAAAUAGAUCGAUCACUAGAGAAAAUUCGUAGCCGUGAGAAAUACACAAACAAACAGCUGGAUCAUUCUCUUACAGAAUUCCGUGCCUUUCAGGAUCAGCUAGCUGAGAUCAAAGAACGAUACCGACAAGCAAGUGGUGGAUUAACUGACCGUUCACGUAUCUUAGCCGAAAUUACAGAAGAACUUGACAAAGUGAAAUCUGAAAUGGAAGAAAGAGGAAAUACUAUGACUGAUGGAGCACCACUUGUUAAAAUUAAGCAGACACUACAACAGCUGAAGAAGGAAUGUUCCCAGAUGGAUGUUCGCAGUGGAGUUGUAGAACACAUUCUUUUACAAGCCAAACUGAAAGACAAGAAUAUUCAAAAUAAACAAGCACACACUAUAGAAAUGCAGGAAUAUUAAAUUGUGCAUAAUUUUUCAUA